AUGAUCGAUUGUGCCCAAAUUCGCCUGGAAACCCUGAGAACAUAUGUCAGGGCGCCCUUCAACAACCAUUCCGAGCCAAUUGAGCCGCUGGCUCAACCGGUCGAUACCCAUUUCGAGAAUGGAUGCGCGGUCGUGUCGCUGCAGGUGAGUUUGGUGCUAUUCGUGUUGUUUUGUGUUGUAGAUGAUGUUCAUGGACUGAUUGGGAUGUGUGAGAAGUUUGAGGAAUAUGGGUUGGCGGAUAGUUAUGGAAAGGUUAUAUUAUGUUACACUAGGUGACCUGAUUUUGCAUGUUGAUGUAGGUUGAGUAAGAGAGAGCUUUAAUGGAUUACACUGAGUAAAAUACGAAGCAUGUGGUUUAUUUUUUCUUAUUUUAGCAAAAAAAUGUAAGAUGGAACACUGAUUUGUUAAAAAAAUAAAUUUUAUAUUAUAGUAGGUUACCUAAUGUUAAUAACAGUUAAAGCUCAAUGAAUAGAUUUUAUUGUUUAAAAAUUUAGUGUAAAAUACGUUAAUGUUUCAUUUUUGCGCUUUAACAUUGAAUAAUAGGGCCAAAAAUUAUGAUUUAUGUUGCUAAAAUUCAUUUUAUAUUACACUAGGCCAUCUCGUAUCGUAAGUCAACUUUCUUGCUGUCCUACUCACUCAUUUUGGUAUAUUACAACUCCCAUUCGUAUUAAAAACGAAGAACAAAGUUUACUGCGUGUUUGGCCAUAAAAUUUAAAGAAUUCCGCAUUUAAAAAUAGCGGAAUUUAUUAAAUUUUGCCCCCUUUAUCUAUCAAACUGAAUGUUUUUUUUUCUUUCGCGAGCUAUUUUGGGCAACACUCUUGUGUUCGGAUGGGUUUAUAAAGUGGGGAUGAAAGGAGCCGGAGACCACACUUUUUGUCCUUUCAAUUGUAUUACGAGUGGUACGGUAGUGGAACAUUAAUGAAGGUAAUGGUGAAUAUGUGGGUAAUGUGAGGUUGAUAGGGGAUUGGAGAAAGGUUUUUGAAUUUUUUGAAAAAGUUGUUUACAUAUAGUUAGAGGAACGUUUUGCAAAGUUAUUUUGUUAGCUAACGAGCACAUUUUGACGUCACAAUGUUGUUUAUAACAGUUUUUGGGCUAGUUUUCACACGUUUAGCAAGUGUAACAUAGCUUUGGUCAUGUGUAAUUUCAUUUUUGAACAUUAUAAUUGGUUUUUUUGAAAUAUUAGAGUGUGUAAUGUAGAAUUAGGUGUGAUAUUGUAAUACAGAAUGUUGUAAUAGAGGGAGGAAUAUUUUUAAAAAUUAUUUUUAAAAAAAUAUGUUUUUUUGGCCUAAAAAUCAAGUUUUUGAUGCCCUUCCCCUUUCAGGCAGCCCAACGCCGCUCCGCCGAGCUAGGCCGCUUCACCGUGACCCCGGUCAAAGAGCCAAGCGAAGCCUACGACCACUUGUCGGUGGAAUGCAACGGUUCAUCGGCCGAAAAACGCACCCUACUCACGGUAUCACCGGCCGAUUCCACCGAUUCCGGUGUCCCACCCUCGCCCCACGCCCUGGAAGAGGACGUCCUGAGCCCACUGCCCGGCACUCUAACUCGAUUCGACUUCAAAGCCACCGGCCAUUCCGGGCCGGUCCGGGCCCCAAAGUUUAGGGCACGAUCAGCCAGCGAAUGUUUGGACUCGCGCGGUUUCAAUACCAGCCAACCGUUGGCGCGACAAAACUCGGUCAAUUCCUCAAAUGGUGGGUUUUUCAAAAAAUUUAUGAAAAAAAAUUGGGCGGGGUAAAUUUUUUUUGGGGAUGGGAGGAGGCGGGGGCGAUUUAUUUUUGAUGGGCUGGCAAAAAAUUUUUUGGGUGUAUUGUUACUUAAAAAUUUUUUUUUUUUUAAAUUUUGUAAGUUUUUUUGGGCGGGGUAAAUUUUUUUUGGGGGUAGAUUUUUUUGAAAAGCGGCGAAAAAAUUUUUUGGUGUUUUUAUGGCUUUGAAAAUGAUUUUUUUUUAAUUGAAUUUCAUAAGUUUUUUUGGGAGGGGUAAAAAAGUUCUGGGCGGGGUAAAAGAAAUUUUUGGAGGUAGGUAAAUUCUUUUUGUAAAAUUUUGAAUUUUGACGCUUGCAUGUCAUUCUUUUUUGUGAUUUUUGAUUUUUUUGCUUUGAAACAUCAAAUCUCGAUUGUUUUUUGCCUUACAUUAAAUUGCAAACUCAGGGAUUCCAAAAAAUAUUCGAAAAAAGAAUAAACAAACCCUUAAGCAGCAAUUUUUGGCCUCACACAUGUUGAUAUUUACACAAAAAAUUUGAAAAUUUUUCAUAAAUUUCAAAAUCCCGGCUUUUGUGUGUAAUAUUUGAGCCGUUCUUUGGUGGGGACCAUUGUUUGAACAGCCAUUAAAACGUUCGUACCCAGCGAAAUACGAGCCCAAAAACAAUAUAAUGCUUGUUUGUGUUAUGGGGUGUGAACGUACUAUCCCAAAAACAUUUAUGAUGUAAGGUAUCGGGUUUAGUGCUUUAUAUUAUUCAUGGUUUUGGGGGUAGCUAUAUUUUUUCUACCUCCAAUAUCAUGAAUAAUAUAAAUCUAAUGACUUUUUUAGCCCUAUACCUAUAAGCAACACUAAUUUUACGUUCCAAAAAAGUAAUAAAAACAUAUAAUAAUCCAAUUGCAAUACUUAUAAACCACUAAUAAUCCAAUUUCAACCCAAAAAUCUCAUGAAUAAUGCAAUAUUUUCGAACCACUUAUUGUUUCGCCGGAACGAGUAAUAUCCGCUCUACCUUUAUAAUGCUGUUUAUAGUACGAAGCAAUAAAUUAUUCAUGUGGCGGCCGAAUAUAGCUAACAAACAAGAAACUUUUUAACCUAAUUUCGAACGGCAGCUGCAAGGCACGAGGCUAAAAUUGAGUUUAGAAACGUUUUUUUGGCGGAAAAUUGAUUAAUAGAAAGGAUUAGUUGCAAAAAGAUAGUAUUGUAGAGUAAAGGAGCAAGUAAAAGGCUUACAAGAGAGUUGCACUAGAUAUCCCUCGGGUUUUCAAGGCUUAUAUAGAAUGAAAGAAUUCACUGAAAAACUUGGCCAUACAUAAAUCACUCAAAACUUGGCCAUAUUUUUAGAAAUUGAGCAUUUGACUUAUAUUUUUUUGGCCAUCAUAAAGACUUUCUUUUUCUAAAAACAUUGCUGAUCAUUUUACAGCUCUUCUCAUCAAUAUAACAAGAGAGUUGCAGAACAGUCGGUGCAACUCCCUUGUUAAAUUGAUGAGGAGAGAGCUCUAAAAAGAUCACCAAUGUUUUUAAGAAAAAGAAGCGCUUUGUGAUGGCCAAAAAUAUAAAAGUCAAACGUUCAAUUUCUAAAAAUAUGGCCAAGUUUUGAGUGAUUUAUAUAUGGCCCAGGUUUUGAGUGAUUUAUAGAGCGUGUGGCUUAAAAUUGAGUUGUUUUUCAAUUUUCUGGAGAAAAGUUUAAAGAUUUUUUGGUUUGUGUAAUGAUUUUGAAUCUUUUAGAAGGUGUACAAAUUAAAAAAUAGGUCAAAAAGAACCAGCACAAUAGCAAAACAAGAUAAAAAUAAACAACAAAUUUUGAAAAAUAACCCAAAAACUAUAAAACAAUGGCCUAACAAGAUAAAAAGAAUAAAAAAGCAAGCGAGACUAGGCUUGAGCCGUGCCAUGUUCAUUUUUUUGGCCCGGCUCCUUUCAAAGGAGAGGGCCUAGUGGGCUCCCUUCCAGGUCUAUGAGAAAGAUAAAUUAUCUUGUUGUACACAUUGUAAAAACAAAGUUGACAUCAGAAAUUGAGCGAAUUUUUUCACUUUUUUCCGCUUGAUUUACAAUUCAAUUUGAGUGUAAAACACGUGAAUUUUAAAGCAAGAAAAAAAGGUUUUAAAAUUAUGAUGCGAACUUUGUUUUGCCAAUGUUUUCAACAAUUUCAAAGUUGUUGAAGCGGAAAAAAAUAAUCUUUUUGAACAAAAAUAAACACAAAAAUAAUUUUUAAGGACAAAAAUAAAUAGACAAACAUGUGAACAAACUUGGAAAAGAUAACAUUGCUGUCACAUGAGGCUAUUAAAAGAUAAUUUUCGUCUUUUACUAGAGUAGUUUUUAAAACUAUCAACAGAAUUUUUAAAAUUUUAAACAGUGAAUACUAUUCAAAAAUAAAGCUUUCAGAAAUUAACCGAAUUUGCCGUUAAAACAACCGGAAAUCAACCUAUUUAUAUGCAAAACAACUAAGCACAAGCUAUUUUUCUAUAACAAAGAUCUUUGUUACUAGAUAAUCCAUUAGUAAAUACCCAAAUUAGUUUGGUCCAAAGAUGGCACCUAAUAGAUUAUACAUAUCGUGACUCGUUAAGCAUGUAUACCAUUACUGUUGGUGUUGGAAGUAAUGUCAAAAAUAACAAAAUCUAAUUGGGUUUGCGUGUGAUGCAAAUUGUUUUCUAUAGUAAUAUAACCAUGUUAAAAAAGUAUUUGUAGUUGUUUACGUUGGAAACGUACUCACAUGUUUAUAUGUGAACGAACAAAAGCUGUGAUAUACGGUGGGAAAUAUAGUAAUUUGGGUUUAUAAUGAAAUGCCAAUGGGUAAGAACUUUUGAUAAUAGGUUAAAUGUGGGAUGACAAAUUUGAAACACAUAACGAUAGUCAUGUCGGACCUUUGUCAUAUGUUUUAUAUGGCAAAAAAAUUAGAAACUAUAAUAAGGUUUCCUUCUACCACAAUUUUAUCAUUACUACUACAACACUUACAUAAACAUUUACUUGUUGUAUAUCCUGAAUGAACUAGCAUUCUAUGACAGCACUACAAUAACCAAAUGUUGCUUUCUAACUAGCAUUUUAAUCAGUAAGAAUAACUUUGAUUGUAAAUGUGAUAGUAAAAUUACACUUUUGAACGUAAAUGCUCUUUUAUUAGUCUUAUCGUUAUCAGUACUGACAAUAUGAAUAAAUACCUAGCUAUCAUACCACAACAAAAUUACAUUAAUUUGGGCUAUAGCUAUACGUGCUUAUGGUUAUUUUUGGGUGUUGACAGUACUGUUUACUGUUGACCAUAUAACACUUAAUGUACUGUUGUUUUUCAAAGCAUUUUGCCUACUAAAUGAGUUUGUACUGUAAAUAACUUUCCAAUUAUGGCAGUAACAACUGUUAGUACUACCCUAAUUGGCAGGUUAUUCUGUUGCUCUAUAGGGGUUGAAGGAGGGGGGGUUAAGAAAACUUACGGCCUUUCAUUCUCUUAUACGUAGGAUGGCGUGACAAUAAAAAUUUUUUUGAGGGCGGGGUAAAAAAUAAAAAAAAUUUUGGGGGUGGGUAAAAUUUUUUUUUGUUUUUUAUUUGACAGUAGGCAAAAACGCUAUUUUAGGCUGAAAACUUAACUUUUUGUACAAAUGAAUUACAUGUGAAACGGUAUAAGUUAUCAGUCAACAAGUCUUCAUUCACAUUGUCAGUACUGAUAACGAUAAGACUAAUAAAAGAGAAUUUACGUCCAAAAGUGUGAUUUUACUAUCACAUUUACAAUCAAAGUUAUUCUUACUGAUUAGAAGACUAUUUAUAAAGGAAAAGCUGGUGAAUAUUGUAGUGGUGCCAUAGUAUGCUAGUUCAUUCAGGAUAUACGACCAGUAAAUGUUUAUGUAAGUGUUGUAGUAGUAAUGAUAAAAUUGUGGUAGAGGGAAACCUUAUCGUAGGUUCUAUUUAUUUUGUCAUAGAAAGAAUGUGACAAAAGUCCGGUAUGGCUAUUGUUAUGUGUUUCAAAUUUGUCAUCCCGCAUUUCACCUAUUAUCAAGAGUCCUUACCCAUUACCAUUUCAUUAUAAACACAAAUUACUAUAUUUCUCACCGUAUAUCUCAGCCUUUGUUCGUUCAAAUAUAAACAUUUGAGUACGUUUCCAACGUAAACAACUACAAACACAUUUUCAACCUUGUCACAUUACUAUAGAAAACAAUUUGCAUCACACGCAAACUCAAUUAGAUUUUGUUAUUUUUGACAUUACUUUCAACACCAACAGUAAUGGUAUACAUGCUUAACGAGUCACGAUAUGUAUAAUCUAUUAGGUGCCAUCUUUGGACCAAACUAAUUUGGGUAUUUACUAAUGGAUUAUCUAGUAACAAAGAUCUUUGUUAUAGAAAAAUAGCUUGUGCUUAGUUGUUUUGCAUAUAAAUAGGUUGAUUUCCGGUUGAUUUAACUACAAAUUUGGUUAAUUUCUGAAACCUUUAUUUUUGAAUAGUACUCACUGUUAAAAUUUUUUAAAUUCUCUUGAUAUUUUUGAAAAUUUUUUUAAUAAAAAACAAAAAUUAUCGUUUAAUAGCCUCAUGUGAGAGCAAUGUUAUCUUUUCCGAGUUUGUUCACAUGUUUGUCUAUUUAUUUUUGUCCUUAAAAAUUAUUUUUGUGUUGAUUUUUGUUCGAAAAAUUGUUUUUUUCCGCUUUGAAAACUUUGAUAUUGUUGAAAAUGUUUUGAAAAAUAAUUUUCCUAUUGAUCUUGGUUCAAAAAAGUCGAAAAAAGGUUGAAAAGUUGGGUAAUAUUGGGGUUAAAGUAGAAAAAACGUAAAUUUAUGGCUCUUUCGUCAUUGGAAGUCGAUAAUAUGGGUCGUACAAAUUGAUAAUAAACGUCAGAACAAGCUCAAAUUUUAAAACAUAAGUACCAAUAAGGCCCCAAAACAUUAAAAAACUUUAUAUUAACAUCAGCAAAGCCUCAAAAAUAACCAAAAAACAUUUCAGAUUCAAGCAUUUACACUCCAAAUGGUACUCCACUCCGCUCAAUCCUCAAGAAACCCAAAGUUCUGCCGCCCGGCAUGGGCCACACCCUGGUCUUAGGCCAGUCCAGUCUAAAACGAAGCAAGCGCUUCGUCCUGGCACGAUCUGUAUCGGAAUGCCAAGACGAUUCGUUCCGCUUGAAUGUGUCCUUUGAUCAAAUCAGUCUGGACGAUUUGGUCUCAAUGGACGACCUAAGUGCACCAAACUCACCAUUAAGCGUGUGCGACGAAAGCGAAGAGUUCGAGAAGGAUGGUGAUGAAGCGAAUGGUCAGGAAGAAGAUGAUGAAGAAGAGAACGAUGAUGAAAAGCAUCAACGGACCAAGAGGGUCAGCUUCAACGAGCUGGUUCAGGCCCGAGUUUAUCGGUCCAGCUCGUCCAUUUUGGCGUCGAAGAAUCGGCAGGAGCGGCGACAACAGAAGAGGCAAAGCGGCCAACGAAGACGCACGGAUUCAGAAGCCAGUGAGGAAGAACAGAAGGCACCGAAGCAGAGGAAGAACGACGAAGAGUUCGUUGCUCCAUUGGCUGGAUCUGAUGAAGGUAAGGGUUUUUUGUUUUUUGAGGGGGGGGGGGGUUUUAAUUUUUUUUCGGAGGAGGGGAAGGGGGGAUUUUGGAAAAUUUGAGGUUGGUAUCGAAGGAUAUGGUAGGACAGGAUAUGAUAGGCUUGGGUAGAGCAGGAUAGGGUAGAAAACGGCAUUUUUUUAAUUGGUAACCCCCUCCAAUUUCAGCGGCCGACCUCUCACGCCGCCGCGACAGUGGAAUCGACGAGGAGGAGGAUCAGGACAAGACCCUCACCGCUCCGCCGAAACAACUCCAUCGCUUUUUGUCGCGCGACUCGGCGUUGGGCGACGAGGAAUAG